UAUAAGUCUUCCCACCCCCUUUUGCACAUCUUAACCUUUGGAGCAAACAGCAGUACCCACAGCAGUUCAUAACUUCACCAUGAGAAUGAAGACAAGGAUGCUGGUGCUGCUCUUGGCUGCAGUUUGUGUGUCGGACGCUCAAAGCAGCAACAGCAGCAUUGAUACCAAACAGCAGCAGCAACAGAGCGUCUGGGAUGAGCCCCUAAGAUUCAGCACCAAGACCAAAGACUCAUGCGCCAUGGUGGUGUCUACAGCUGGGAACUACACUCGCCUGCGUGUGUCCUGCAGAAGUCCAAGCCAGACCACAGGACGGUCUUACUACUGCGACUUCCAGGGUAAACCCAACCUGUGCCCUGCCUACAAUGUCAACCCUCGCCACUACUUCACCCAAAUGAUGUGGGAGUUGAGGAAACUAAAGAAUGCCUGUCAGGGUGCAAAAAUCUACCAUCCGCAUAUGUGCAGAAAAUCUCCAGAUGAGGUCCAAAUGACUUUCCUGACCUCUUGGCCCAAGACUACUGCCCCCAAGCCUUCCAAAGAGCAUCCUAAACCAGUGGUGCAAGUGCAGCCAAAGGCCAUCGCUACUCCUAAACCGGUGAAGACCCAGCCUCAGCCCAGUAAGCCGUUGACAGGCAAGAGACCCCCGAGCAGGAGACCCACUCCCAAGACUGGGAAGACCACUGCACGCCCCACAGAGGAGCUGGAGUCUGGCGCCUCCCGCCUCGCCACUGAGUACUGCUGGAAUAGCUUCCACGGCAUCUGCAGCUAUUUAAUCAGCUGGUUCCAAAAAUUUUUUCUGCUACAAGACCAGAUGCUGCUGUUGAAGUCUUCCCCUCUCUGGUUGCUGGUGGCCUUCCUCCUCCAGCAAGUCUCUGCCGCAGGCUCAGGAGCGCAGCAGCACCAGGGGAGGUUCUCCAGCAGCAAUAAGAAGAUGCAGUGCACGUGGAACGCACGAGACGCACGAGACUCGGUGAAUCUUCGAGUCAAAUGUGAGAAUCAAGAGGCCCGGGUCAGCGGCGGAAUCACCGACAUCAGCUGCGAAUACACUGGGAGACCCGAGAGCUGCCAGGAGUACCACUCCAAUCCCAAAGGCUUCUGGAAACAAGUGGCACGCGCGCUUAAAAAGCUCCAGGGCAGGCUGUGCGGCGACGAGCGUGCGCUAGUCAGAACUGGCAUGUGCAAGCGCGCACCGAAAGAUGCGCACUUUACAUUGGACGUAAACAGCUCGCUGUUCUCCUCUCAGUCCGGAAAACCGGAGUCUCCCACCCAGCUGCCGUCUCCAAGCUUCACGUCCGCGGCUCCGACGGCCUGCACGAGUCGCGCGGACCACCGGGAAACAGCCGAGGAGUUGUGCAGCAGCGCGUGGGCCAGCGUGUGCUCGUUCUUCCUGUCCAUGGUGCAGAGGGACGACUGCUAGCUCAGGGCCAGAGAAAGUGUGACUAAUCAUAAAUGAUGGUUCAGUGCGCUCUAUAACCUCAGGUGCUUCUCAGUUUAUUUACAUCAUGUUUUGUUAUUUAUGAUCUUUUAGGAGAUCCUCACAUAACCAACGUUCCAGACUGCUUAUAUAUUCUUACAGAUUACUGUCAAAAUGAGCCUUUUAGUAGAAUGUAAACCAGAGGGAAAUGGGAAAAAUCACAUGUUCUUAUUCUACAAUAAGAUUUAUUUUGAUACAAGGAACCUUUUUGCUGCUGUUUAAAGUUUUUGUUAACAUAUUUUUACUGACAAAAAUGGAUGCAAAUAUUUAUUCUCAGGUCACCCAUUUUUAUUGUAUCUGAUAGUAUCUCACUCUGCUUUAGUUUUUCACAUUUGUUUUUUAUUUUACUCUUUGGUUGGUUUAUUAUCAAGUGAUGUAUUUUCUUUAACCACUUACAUGUUUUAUUUAUGCAUCAACAAAUAAAAUAUUUCUAUUAUUUCUCUGUUUGUCAGAUCAAUUAAAAUGCAGUUGAGCACCAAGUUUAACUUUUUCUUGAGAUAUUUUAACAAAUUGUACUCAUUCAGAUUUUUGUUGAUAAGCUACUUCCUGUUUACCGAAUUUAAAUAAACUCGGAAGAUGGA